AUGACUCUCCAAGGUGGAUCGUUCUUCUUGGACUACGGCCUGACUGACGGCAGUCACGUUAACAUGGGAGAUCUCCCGCUCUCAAUGUGGUUCUCAUCGAAUACGCACAACGUCAUCUUGGCCAAGUUACAAGCACGCAUGGGCGUGCUCAAGCCAACGGUCUUGUGUAUGGACGGUGACUACGGAACCCCGCACCUUUGGUGCACCGUCCUAUGUCAAAAUCCCCAAAUGCACACAUUGAUCCUAGGCGAAGACACAUCGACUCUUGGCUUCUUAUAUGCCCUCACUAGAGAAUGCACGUAUGGUCAUGGUGAUAAUGUGGCUCCGAAUCUCUCGUCGUUAUCCAUCUUUGCUAGUUCUUACACAUUCGAGAAGGAGGAAAUCGACGAUGUACUGGAUCUUUUGCACACGCUGGUGGAGAGGCGCAACGGGAAUAAUGUUGCAACCAAGACUAGAACCUCGCCUAUCGAGUUGUUGACAUUUGCAAACCCCUCGCCACACGAGGACGGGAACCCAGUUUUCGUAGCUCUCAAAGAGAAUCCCAUGUUCGCAAGGUUGAAAGUCCUGGUACCCGUGAUCCAAAUUGUACGUGAAGCAGAUUUUCCUUCGCAGGCGUGUCGCUACGCCUAG